GUGACCCGACCCUCCUGCCAUGGCCACUGUUUGGCGCUCAAUUUUUGGGCAAAGAAACAGAGGCAGCUCCUUUCUUGUUUUCUUUCAUUCUUCUUCGCUUAUGAGCCGUUCCUUCAGAUCAUCAUCGUCAUCAUCGUUAUCGUACAAUACAGCAAAGCUAGUUAAUCAAAUCAGCGAUGACGGGACUGAGUUAACGGCGUACGAACGCGCCCUCAAAUAUAAGCGACCGUCCACUAUAAAGUAUCAAGAAGAAUUAAGUAACUCAGUGAGUCUGAUUGGAGUUGUGACUCGUCCUAUUUGCCCUGUCAAAAGCAAGAGCGGAGGGGGUGAUUUAGGUGCUUACACUGUUCUCAAAGUUAACAACACAUUGUCCUCUUGUCAAACAACUCGUCGUCAUACUUGGAUCUUACUCAGUAUGUGGGGCAAGAUGGCACAAAUAUGCAUCACUCAUCUCAAAUUGGAUGAUCUUGUCUAUGUUUCAGGUCAUCUGGGAUCAUAUUCCAAAGCUGAUAAGAACGGGAUUCCAAAUACAAGCUACAAGGUUAAUGUAAUGAAUAUAAAUUACGUACAAUCUCACAGACAAGCUCCGGUAUGUGAGAGAGCUAAACAAUCCAGAGUAGAAGAUUUAGCUGUAACUAGCUUGGAUAGAUACAAUGACCGACUGCACUUGUGGCAAGUUUAUUUUGCCAAUCCACUUGAGUGGUUUGAUAAUAGAAAUAGUAAGAAGAGUCCUCACCAUCCAGAUUUCAGACACAAGGAUACUGGUGAAGUUUUAUGGCUGAAGCACAAUGAUCCUCCAUGGAUCCGGAAACAACUAGAGCUGCAGGAUUCUAGAUUGGCAGGACGGCAAAUAAGUGUAAGUUCUGAUUUGACUUCACUGGUAUAUGAUGAUUUUGCAUAGCGUAUCACCUCAUAAGACUAGUAGAAUUCGGUAGCAACUGUAGAUCAUGAUCUUGUGUUGUCAGCCAUGUAGAAUUAUAAAAGAUUAAUGUUUGAUGCUGAUCAAGAAACUUUUAGGGUUUGCAGACAUUGGUCUCAUAGUUAGAAAAGGUCAUUGUACAUCCAAGAGAUAUUAUAACAGUAUAGAUUAUGGUUCUUAGA